AUGGCGGUCCACAGCUCGGUCGGCAGCACCAGGCCCGCCCGGUUGUCCGGCAAACCGCCCAAAUACAGGUCUCCUUCCAGGUCCAAGAUCUCAUUCUCCCCGCUGGCUGUGAAAGGGGUCCUGCGGCUGUUUACUGAGAUGAUGCCUGGCGGGGGGGGAGAGAAAAACUUGUCAGAACUGGAUUCCACGCCCGUCCCUCUGGAUGUCCACGUGGUGCCAGGCGCCAUCGUUGACUUUGGCCUGGGUGGCUUUGACUUUGAUGGUCCCGGAGCCCAUGUCCAACAGCAGGUACAGCCCGCCAUCCAGCAGCUCCACGGCGAAGAAGUCCACCUUGUUGUUCUUCUGGCCCUUGGCGUCCCGCCGGUUCUGGGGCUUACCGUGCGUGAAGAGGAUCAGCCCGUUGGGCUCGGAGGUGCGGAAGUCGAAGGAGAUGGAGCCCACCCGUUUGGUGUUCCAUUUGGGCAGCGCAAGGUAGGAGUCCGGGGUCUCGAAGUUGAUGGGGUCCAGGGUGGGUACGUCUUCACACUUGAAAACCACGUCCCCUUGGAGUUUCAUCUUUGGGUCCACUAUGCGGGCCAGGCGGGACAGCUCCAGCCGGAUAGAUGCCACUGCGUGUCCCAUCCACCCCUGCUGUCUGACAUAAGUCGCCAUCCGCAGCUGCAGUGCCGCCACGGGUGCCUCUGA